AUGAGCGAUGAGGUAGAUCUUCCUAAGGAGAUCUGGCACGAGGACUCGCGAACAGAAAACAACAAUAAUAAACAACAAACUCUGGCCGACGCUCUUCGGGGUUUGUCGGCCUCUUUUCUCACUGCAUUUUACUGUGCCUCUGCGCAUGGGUGUGGAGAGGGAUACAACAACACGAGGGCCGACGUCGCAAAGGAGGGGACUGUUCACCAUGCGUGGUAG